AUGGCCCGCUUCGCCCUCCUUCUGGUGUGCUGCCUGGCGGCCGCGAUCACCGUGCGCGGCGCCGAUCCCGAGGUCUGCAGCUCCGACGACUGGGAUAUCAUUGCCCUGCCGCCCGUGCGGGACACAGACGAGGCCGUUGCCUCCAACCAGCUGGCCCGUUUUGUAGCCAACACCAUCCGCCUGAAGCCGGACUGCAAGGUCCUGAAGAGCCGCACCAAGUUUGAGAAGGCGUGCAGCAUGGCGGUGGAGAAGGGCGAUGUGCUCGAGCGCGACGACACCAAGGCCAAGGCGACCGGCACCCUCUACGACAUGGUCAUCGUGUCCAGCGUCAAGUGCCCGAACGGCCACUACAAGGUCCGCUACGAGGCGCGCGGCAUUAAGCCCAAGUCCGGCAAGUCCACCAAGCUCAAGGGCAUGCAGACCCGCCUCAUCGAUGUCUUCGACUCCUACUUCGCCUAGGCACGCAGCUAAGGCCCCACCCCUUCAGCGCGUCGUCGCCACCCCCCCUUGCCAGCGGCAGCCCAAGCCUACGGCACUCUGCGGCCAUCGCCACCUCGCCCUAGAUCAGCUUGAAACCCGGCCCUGCACAGCACAUAGCAGGCAUGCCUUUUUGACGCGCGUCGAUAGCACAGCGGAACAGCAGCCCCCUGCCCCAAACUCAACGCAGCCCCUUGCACCCAACUCAAAAAACGCGAUCACUCCCCCCGCACUUGCACCCAAUUCCAGUUGUAUCGUUUAUUCGCUCGUCUUCUUUGGCUAGGACCCAUGUUGUAUCUCUUGCACACAUCCCAAUGCAUUGUGCAUUGAUUUUCCUGUCUGCCUCAUUACUGCACUGUCUUCCUCACUGUACUCUUGUGUUGACUCGAGCAAUCGCUGAGCGUGUAAUCGCGAAACAAACUC